UCAUCUGUACUGUCCGCAGUCUCUGGUCAUCCCUGUGCUGUCCGCAGUCUCUGGUCAUCCCUGUGCUGUCCGCAGUCUCUGGUCAUCCCUGUGCUGUCCGCAGUCUCUGGUCAUCCCUGUGCUGUCCGCAGUCUCUGGUCAUCUCCUGUACUGUCAGCAGUCUCUGAUCAUUCCCUGCACUGUCUGCAGUCUCAGGUCAUUCCCUGCACUGUCUGCAGUCUCAGGUCAUUCCCUGCACUGUCUGCAGUCUCUGGUCAUUCCCUGCACUGUCUGCAGUCUCUGGUCAUUCCCUGCACUGUCUGCAGUCUCUGGUCAUUCCCUGCACUGUCUGCAGUCUCUGGUCAUUCCCUGCACUGUCUGCAGUCUCUGGUCAUUCCCUGCACUGUCUGCAGUCUCUGGUCAUUCCCUGCACUGUCUGCAGUCUCUGGUCAUUCCCUGCACUGUCUGCAGUCUCUGGUCAUUCCCUGCACUGUGUCCGCAGUCUCUGGUCAUUCCCUG